AUGGGGAAGACUGCUGACUUGACAAAGGUCGAGAGGACAAUCAUUGACGCCCUUCAGAGGGAGGUUUGGCCACCAUGUUUGGCCCUGACCCCACCUGUGGAGCUCCCUCAGCCCCACAACCUGCCCCCUGAGCUGGGCUUGAACAGCAGUGAUGGCAGCCUGUCAGUGGAUCUGCCCAUGGCUUUGAGAGUUUUCAGCAUGGACUACCACCAUGUGCAGGCCCCCUUUGAGAUCGUGCUGUGGAUCAUGCUAGCCUCUCUGGCUAAGCUGGGUUUCCACUGGUCAGGUCGAGUACCGGCAGUUGUCCCAGAGAGCUGUCUCCUCAUCAUGGUGGGCCUCCUGGUUGGAGGGGUGAUCUAUGGCGUUCGCCAUUCGGCUCCUCCGACCCUCAGUGCUGAUGCUUUCUUCCUCUUUCUGCUCCCACCUAUUGUCUUGGAUGCAGGAUACUUCUUACCAGGAAGGCUGUUCUUUGAAAACCUUGGCACCAUACUCUGGUAUGCAGUGCUGGGAACCUUAUGGAAUGUUCUGGGCAUCGGUCUGUCUCUGUACGGUGUAUGUCUUCUGGCUGAAAGCUCUCUGGGAGAUGUGUCUCUGCUUCACUGCCUGCUGUUUGGAUCUCUGAUAGCUGCAGUCGAUCCGGUGGCUGUGCUUUCUGUCUUCCAGGAAAUGCAUGUGAAUGAUCAGCUUCACAUCUUGGUGUUUGGAGAGUCGCUGCUCAAUGACGCUGUUACUGUGGUACUCUACAAGCUUUUUGAGUCCUUCCUUCGUCUGCCUUCAGUGUCAGGGCUGGAUGUGCUGCUUGGCGGGUGCAGGGUGGUAGUGGUGGGCUUGGGUGGCCUCUUUGUGGGCCUCUUCUUUGGCCUGGUGGCAGCCCUCACCUCACGUUUCACCGUCAGAGCCCAGGUCAUCGCCCCGCUCUUUGUCUUCCUGUACUCCUACUUGUCUUACCUGACCUCAGAGAUGCUUCAUCUCUCUGGAAUCAUGGCCAUUGUGACCUGUGCUGUGACCAUGAAGCAGUAUGUGGAGGCUAAUGUGUCUGAGCGCAGCAACACCAGCAUCCAGUACUUCCUCAAGAUGUGGAGCAGCGUGAGUGAGACCCUAAUCUUCAUCUUCCUGGGAGUGUCCACAAUACAGGACGUCCACAUGUGGAGCUGGCCCUUUGUGUGCUCUACACUGCUGCUCUGCCUUGUCUGGAGGGCCACAGGUGUUCUCCUGCUAACUGCUGUGGUGAACAAGCUGCGGAGAAAUGCUGUGACCUUCAGAGAUCAGUUCAUCAUUGCAUAUGGAGGCCUAAGAGGGGCAAUCUGUUUCUCCCUUGUCUUUCUGAUUGAUGACUUUCCAAAGAAAAGACUCUUUAUAACAACGACCAUUGUGGUCAUACUCUUCACGGUCUUUGUACAGGGGAUGACCAUAAAGCCUCUUGUUGAGCUGCUGGAUGUGAAGAGGAAGAAGAGAGCUCUGCCGACUGUCAGUGAGGAGAUCCACAGCAGGCUCAUCGAUUACCUGCUGGCAGGGAUAGAAGAUGUGGUUGGCUACUGGGGACAGCACUACUGGAAGGACAAGUUUGAGCAGUUCAACAGGAAGUAUCUUCGACCUGUCCUUAUCCGUGAGGAUCAGCAGGCUCACUCCAGCAUCCUCAGAGUUUGUCAGGAGCUGGAAAGAAGAGAGCAAGGAGUGGACACCAUAACACCAUCACCCUCCCACAGCCGCCCUCUCUUACCAGAGGAGAUGGACAGCAUCAGGCGUAUUCUCUCCAGAAAUCUUCAAAACUUCAGCAACAAGCAGACACCAGCAUACAGCAGACACACUCUGCACCAGGAGGCCAACAGUGACAGGAUGAGGAAGUGUCUCCACAGACACCAGAGUCUAGGGGAGAGAUACACCAUCACACAGGGGGAAGAUGGAGAGUUCAGUGGCUCACACAGAACAAGAAAAGGACUUAGCAGGUCUCACACAGUGUGCUCCAUAAGCCCAAGGACCACCCAAGAACCAUCAGUCCCAGCAUCCUCUGCUCAGACGGUGGGUUCAACAUCAUAUGCUGCCAGAGAGGAGCCGAUCUCUCCACCACAACAAACACCUGCUGGAGGAGCUCCUAAGAAGCAACUCAGCUUUAUUUUGGAGAAUGAGAAGCUGCAAUGA